GAAGGAACCCGCGUACGCGUGAUGUGUGGGACAUAAUGGUGGAUAGGUAGUGAAGGCUUCACAGCUCGAUACGAGUUGCUCAUCACGCUGUUCACAUAAUCCCCGUUGACUCGUCGACUCCUCUGACGCUGACAGCUCAGCCCUGCUCGGACUGAAGACUGGACGACGACCUGGACCGCAACAAGAUGCCGAACAUCAAGAUAUUCAGCGGUAGCUCGCAUCCGGACCUGUCUCAGAAGAUAGCAGACCGCCUGGGUCUGGAGCUGGGGAAGGUCGUCACCAAGAAAUUCAGCAACCAAGAGACAUGCGUGGAGAUUGGGGAGAGUGUACGUGGGGAAGAUGUCUACAUCGUGCAGAGUGGCUGUGGAGAGAUCAAUGAUAAUUUGAUGGAGCUGCUGAUCAUGAUCAAUGCCUGCAAGAUUGCCUCUGCCUCCAGGGUCACUGCUGUUAUCCCCUGCUUCCCCUAUGCCCGGCAAGACAAGAAGGACAAGGUGGGGAGCCGUGCUCCCAUCUCUGCCAAGUUGGUCGCCAACAUGUUAUCCGUGUCCGGCGCUGACCAUAUCAUCACUAUGGACUUGCACGCCUCACAGAUACAGGGAUUCUUUGAUAUCCCCGUUGAUAACCUGUACGCAGAGCCAGCUGUGCUGAAAUGGAUCAAAGAGAACAUCCCUGAAUGGAAAAACUGUACCAUUGUCUCACCUGACGCAGGAGGAGCAAAGAGGGUCACCUCUAUAGCAGACAGGUUGAAUGUGGACUUUGCCCUUAUUCACAAGGAGAGGAAAAAGGCGAACGAGGUGGACCGCAUGGUUCUCGUCGGAGAUGUGACCGAUCGGGUCGCCAUUCUAGUGGAUGACAUGGCUGACACGUGUGGUACAAUCUGUCACGCUGCUGACAAACUAAUUUCCGCUGGGGCCACCAAGGUGUACGCCAUCCUAACCCAUGGCAUCUUCUCUGGCCCAGCUAUCUCACGCAUCAACAAUGCAUGCUUUGAAGCUGUGGUGGUCACCAAUACAAUCCCUCAGGAGGAGAAGAUGAAGCAUUGUCCCAAAAUACAGGUUAUUGACAUCUCCAUGAUCCUUGCAGAGGCCAUCCGUAGAACUCACAACGGCGAGUCUGUGUCGUACCUGUUCAGCCACGUCCCCUUGUAACAAAUGGUGUCUCCCAGCUACUGUGUGCUGUUACACCAAAUAUGAGAAGAGGGAAUUCCCCCGACCCCAAACACUACCAUUAGCAACAAUGUUCUGCUAACUAACCGUGAAGUAAAAACGAAUGUCAUGUUAGUACUAAUGCUGACCCCCCCGCCCCCUC